UACUUCAUCGCAUUUCUCCAAUGUUUUUCUUCAUAAGACCCACAGUAUCAUCUCACUCACAGUUGAAUUCGUGUGGUUUGGCUUAUUAAGCACUAAAUUCUGAGUGAAAUAAGUUAAAGUGAAUUUCUCAGUUAUUAAUUUCGGUGCAUAUUAGAAUUGAAGUGUAAAAUGAGCAAAUGCGCGUGGGUUACAUUAGCUACUAAUGAUUCAUACUCUCUGGGAGCUCUAGUUGUAGCGCAUUCAUUGAGAAAAGUUUCAACUAAGCAUCAACUUGCUGUUCUUAUCACACCAGGAGUGACGGAGUCUAUGAUAGAAAAGUUACAAGAUGUAUUUGAUGUUGUUCAACUUGUAGAUGUUCUCGAUUCAAAAGACUCAGCUAACUUGGCAGUUUUAAAGCGUCCCGAGCUUGGCGUAACAUUCACUAAACUUCAUUGUUGGAAUUUGAUUCAAUUUGAAAAAUGUGUCUUCCUUGAUGCUGAUGUUCUUGUUCUUCAAAAUUGUGACGAGCUGUUUGAACGCGAAGAACUCUCUGCAGCUCCAGAUGUCGGCUGGCCUGACUGUUUCAAUUCUGGGGUAUUUGUUUUCACUCCAAGUGUUGACACAUAUGGAAAAAUGAUUCAAUUUGCUGAAACUUCUGGAAGUUUCGAUGGCGGUGAUCAAGGUUUACUGAAUCAAUACUUUUCAAACUGGUCAACAGAUGGAUCCAAACGACUUCCAUUCUUGUACAACACAGCAUCAACAGCGACUUAUUCAUAUUUGCCCGCAUUUAAGAAGUUUAAUCAAGAAAUAAAAAUUCUUCACUUCAUUGGUGAAACGAAGCCAUGGUCACAACAUUUUGAUUCGUCAUCCAAACAAGUACAAACACCACCUGGCUAUAAUCAUCUUCAAUGCUUUUUACAAAUGUGGUGGGAUUUGUUCUGCGAUAAAGUUCAUCCAUCGUUGACACAGGAAAUGAACGAAGUUGGUGGCGUUGACUCUGAACCUUUACUGCAAACCUAUUUAACUGAAAUCCAAUUUGAUUCAACAUCUACGGAAGAUGUUGUUGGUAGUGACGAAAGUGAGACACCUUCUUAUAGUCCUUACUUGAUCGAGUACCAUGAAGACACAAAUACGUUUACUUACAAUGAUCCAUGGAUAGAAAUGGAUAAUAAUUCGAACAAUAAUUGUAACACUGAUAUUAGUUUAAAUGUGGAAAUAAAUGAAAUUCCAAAAGACACUCCAAAUCUACAUGAGUCAGUUUCGACCGAGCUUAUCAUACCGCCACAACCGGUAGACCACGUUCACUUUUGCGAUAGUGUAAUUGAAAAAGACAUUGAAGAGGAGAAUAUUCCAUUAAUUCAAGCUGAAGUGGCAGUAGAACAUGUGCCCGAGAGUGGUAUUGCCGGUGCAUUAGCUACUUUGGCACUAGGAAGUGAUCGUACACCUGAACAAGUUGCUUAUGAAAAUCAAUUCCGCCGUGCGAAUUGGGAAGCUGGUCAAAUUGAUUAUUUAGGCCAAGAUUCAUUUGACAAUAUCUUGAAAAAAAUUCAAGAAACAAUCGAAGCUCCACCAGCUGAAGUUGUUGAGCAACGUGAACCGCCAGUCACAGCAAAACAAGACUCGCCAGCAUCUGCCAAAAAGAAGGAAGAACAACCUACGGCUGAAAACGUUUCGGAAUCAGUAGCAGAAGAAGUUUUAAAAGCAGAAUCAGAAGAAUCAAUACUCCCAUCAUCAAUUGUGCCUAUCCCAGAAUCAAAUCCACAACAAGAAGUUCAGGUUCAAGAAAUUUUAAUCGAAAAAAUUCCUGAAGCAGCAGAGCAACAACAAGUUGCCGAACCAGUAACAACAACAGAACCAAUUACCGAACAAAAAGAAGUUUCAACAGAAACAAAAGAAAUUUCAUCAGGUCCAGUUUUAGAGCAAGUUGUAGCACCAGUUGCAGAGACAGAAACAGUAGCAGAAGAAGUUAAAGAACCCGAAACAUAAUAAAUCAACAUGACUCACGUACCGCCAUCCUCAUAUGAAGAACUUUCCGAGUUACUCGGAGAUGAAGAUGAAAUCACCCAAACGGAUGAUGCAACCAACACUACAAUUGUCACCAAACGCAUGGACGACGAUGGUUUUCAACAAAUAAUCACAACGAAAGAAUGGGUCAAUGAUAAAGUUGGAAAGCGAACAACUCAAAUGGUUCGCACUUAUUACCCAAUGGUCGAAGACGAAGAAGAGGUUGAGGAAAAUGUCGAGGAAGAAGUUAUUGACGACGAGAAAUUGGCUGAACUUCGGGCAAAUGCUCCACCUAUGCCACCUCCGGAGACUGAAGUUGGAAAAGAUGGAAAGAAAAAGAAGAAGAAGCAAAAGAUUGAAGGAACUGCUGACGUUGUUCGCGAAGCCUUCGAAGGUGGUUAUAAGGAAAUUACUACAAUCAAAUUCCCUGAUGGAACCCAGAAAGUUCAAACAAAAAUGUUCUAUGAUCCAGUUGAUGUCCCAAAGAGUGAAACAAAAGUUGUUGAAGAGACUCAAACAACCAAAUCUGGCAAGAAGAAGAAGGUGAAGAAAGUCGUCAAUGUUAAUCAGGAAAUUUUGGAAGAGUAUGAAGAUGAUGAUGGCAAUCCCGUUGUUGUCUCUCGUGAACCUUUCCCUGAUGGAACCGGACAUAAAGAUAUUACAAAAACUAAGUUAUCAAAUGGCCAGUAUAAGCAAACUAUUCAAAUUGUUAUCUACCCGAAAGAAAAGGAAAUUAUUGAAACAACAGAAAUUAUUGAACAUGAAGCAACGUCUAUUCGUAUGAAUGUCAAAGAAACUACCAUAAAACAACAUCGUGAAACUGAAGAAACUGAAGAGAAAACAUCAAGUAAGAAAACCAAAAAGAAGACAACAAAGAUUGAAAAGCAUCAUGCAGUUGAGCAGGAAGAACAGCAACAACAGCAUCAAGUUCAAGUUCAACAAAUUCAACAAAACCAAAAUAGUGAUCUUGAAACAAAGAAAAUUACAAAGAAAACAAUUAAGAAAGGUUCUGAUGAACAAAGAGCUGCUUUAAUGGCUCGUGAUAACUCCGAAGGUGUAACAACAGUUGUUCGUGAAAAGACCGACAAAGGCUAUCGCGAAAUUUCAACAACGGUCUUCUCUGAUGGAUCCACAAAAACUCAAACUCGCGAAUUCUUUGAUGCUGUUGAAGAAACUAUUGAUCCACAACAAGCUAUGGAAAUGCGAGAUAAUUUGGCUGUUUUAGCAUCACAAGCACCAAGAGUAAAUAAGAAUGCUGAUGGAUCAAUUUCAACCAUUGUCGUUGAGCGCAUUGAUAAUGGCUACAGACAGACAACAACAACUAAAAAGUUGAAUGGAGCCACCUCAGUUCAAACCCGUGAAUUCUACGAUCCCGUCGAAGAAGACGAAUCCAAUUCUUAUGGACAAAAGCGUCGUGUUGUGCAAUCGCAACAAAAGAUUCAAGGCCAGAGCAACACCAUGAAGAGUGUCAAGCUUUUCGGUUAAUUACUUUUCUUGACUUUAUCAUUAUUUGAUUGAAUUCAUUCAAUAUUUACUUGCUAUACUUUUUCUUAUGAAUUCAUGAACUUUGAAUUUGAUAAAAUGAUUGUAGUUUGCAAAACAAAAAUAGUUUACAUAUAUUUGUUGAUAACCAUUUGAGAAAGAUUAUCACGUUAAUCUAAUGCGUUUGAUGACAAUUCAAAUAUUUCUUACACGAAACACUUAUCUACAUAUAACACUCAUAUACACCCACCCACAUAUAAACACACAUAAAUAAAUACACAUUUACAUAAAUAAUUAAUUCACAACCAUAUUUAUUUACACACUUAAUCAAUUGCAACGGAACAAUUAAUUAUCUAAUGAGAAUAUAAAAUAUUAAAGAAAAUUUAAAAUAUUAUCGAGGGACAUGCAAAAUUAAAUGAAACUUCUACGAGCACUUAGUCAAAACAUCGUGAAUUAUAUAUUUCUCAUUCUAAAUGUUUAUGCCGUAGCUACUUAACUGUUAAUGUACAUAAUUCUUAAUCAACUCUCUUUUAUUUUAAUUUGAAAACGCAUAAAAAUCAAGAAACCUUUCUCGAUGAAGAUGAAAUCUUUAAUUUCAAUUAAAAUAUGUUUGUGUGUUGGAAAUCAGAGUUUAAAAUGAUAGAAUCGAUUAUCUACGAUAAUCUGGAAUAGGAGUUGAUAAUCGAUUUUAUCGUUUUCUGAUAAAAACUUUUCUUUCGGUAAAAGCGAGUGAGAGAACAAAAAUAAAACCAAAAAAAAAAUACUAAUCUUUUACUGACAUCUGCUCUAAAUAAUCUCUACACGUUUUUCGAUUUUCAUAGGUUUUUCUUUAAAUAUCUCUGUAGCAUGUAGAAGAAAAACAACCCAAUAAAUGUCAUUUAUGAUUUGUAUGGAAAAUUUUUAUUUUUUUUCGCAAUAAAGAGAAACACAAUUUUUGUUAAAAUCAAA